AUGCUACCAUUUAUUGGAUCUAUCACAAGCAAUUGCUGUUCUAUAUUGACUCAACAACAAACAAGAGAGCAAGAAGAUUUGGAUGGUGGAAUUUUGACCAUUAUUGGACUACGAAUAGCCAAUAGAAAUAAUACGAUUAAACGAACAACGGAAAAAUCCUGUGAUAACGAUUAUUUUCCCCCACUAACUGAUAAUGAUAAUGAUAACAUUGAUAAUAAUAUGAUGGAAUCAUCUGGUGAUAUUGUACAUUUUCAAAGAACUCUAACACGAAGUGCGGAAUCACUGUAUCCGUCCGGCAUUAAUCACUUGCAAUCAUCAUCAAUGCGACGCUAUUCGCAUAAUCUCAACAGCGAACGACGCCGAUUAUCCUUAUGGACACGACCAACUUUAGAAGAAAUGAUGACCAGAGUAAACCGCCGUGUAUCAGACGGUCCAAGAUCACUUCAUUCUGCACAAUAUGAUCCUGUUAGAGGUCUGACACCAAUUAAUUUACCAAAUUUUUAA